AUGGUUCGUGGGACUCCUGAGGCAGCUGUCCAGUACCGGCAGGCCAAACGUGCCGCGGCCCGGGCUGUUGCAGAGGCAAAAACCCGGGACUGGGAGGAGUUCGGAGAGUCCAUGGAGCAUGACUAUCGGUCGGCCUCGAAGAGGUUCUGGCAAACCGUCCGGCGCCUCAGGAGGGGAAAGCAGUUCUUUGCCAACACCGUGUAUGGUGCGGGUGGAGGGCUGCUGACCUCGACUGGGGAUAUUGUCGGGCGGUGGAAAGAAUACUUCGAGGUUCUCCUCAAUCCCCCCGCCACGUCCUCCGUCCAGGAGGCAGAGGCUGAGGAUGUUGGGGCGGACACUUCUAUCUCCCUGGCCGAGGUCACCAAGGUGGUUGGCAGCCUCCAUGGUGGCAAGGCGCCGGGAGUGGAUGAGAUCCGUCCUGACUAUCUAAAGUCUCUGGAUGUUGUAGGACUGUCUUGGCUGACACGUCUCUGCAGCAUCGCGUGGCGAUCGGGGGCGGUGCCAAUGGAGUGGCAGACCGGGGUGGUGGUCCCUCUCUACAAGAAGGGGGACCGGAGGUUGUGUUCCAAUUAUCGUGGGAUCACACUCCUCAGCCUCCCCGGAGGAGCAGUGUGGUUUUCGUCCCGGUCGCGGAACACUGGACCAGCUCUCCAUCGGAUACUCGAGGGUUCAUGGGAGUUCGCCCAACCUGUCCACAUGUGCUUUGUGGAUUUGGAGAAGGCGUUCGACCGUGUUCCCCGGGGUGUCCUUUGGGGGGUCCUCCGGGAGUACGGGGUCCGGGGUCCUCUGCUGAGGGCCGUCCGGUCCCUGUAUGACCGGAGUCAGAGCUGUGUUCGCAUUGCCGGCAGUAAGUCAGACCUGUUCCCGGUGCAUGUUGGCCUCCGCCAAGGCUGCCCUUUGUCACCGGUUCUGUUCACUGUAUUUAUGGACAGAAUUUCUAGGCGCAGCCAGGGGCCGGAGGGGGUCCGGUUCGGGAACCACAGGAUUUCAUCUCUACUUUUUGCGGAUGAUGUCGUCCUGCUGGCUCCAACGAACCAGGACCUGCAGCAUGCACUGGGACGGUUUGCAGCCGAGUGUGAAGCGGCUGGGAUGAGAAUCAGCACCUCCAAAUCCGAGGCCAUGGUGCUCGACCGGAAAAAGGUGCCUUGCCCUCUUCAGGUGGGUGGAGAGGUCCUUCCUCAAGUGGAGGAGUUCAAGUAUCUCGGGGUCUUGUUCACGAGUGAGGGAAGGAUGGAGCGUGAGAUUGACAGGCGGAUCGGUGCAGCGUGCGCAGUGAUGCGGUCUCUGUAUCGGACCGUUGUGGUAAAGAGGGAGCUGAGCCGAAAGGCGAAGCUCUCGAUUUACCGGUCAAUCUUCGUUCCCUCCCUCACCUAUGGUCAUGAGCUAGUGGCUGGGCGCUCCCUUAGAGAUAGGGUGAGGAGCUCAGUCACACGGGAGGAGCUCGGAGUAGAGCCGCUGCUUCUCCACGUCGAGAGGAACCAGUUGAGGUGGCUCGGGCAUCUGUUCAGGAUGCCUCCUGGACGCCUUCCUGGGGAGGUGUUCCGGGCACGUCCCACCGGGAGGAGGCCCCGGGGAAGACCCAGGACACGCUGGAGAGACUAUGUCUCUCAGCUGGCCUGGGAACGCCUUGGGGUCCCCCCGGACGAGCUGGAGGAAGUGUGUGUGGAUAGGGAAGUCUGGGCGUCUCUGCUUAGACUGCUGCCCCCGCGACCCGGCAACGGAUAA